CGCUGAUUGGCUGCCGAGGCCCCGCAGUCGGCCUCAAUCCUCCGCGCCGCUCUCAGUACAGCUCCGGCCUCCGUGCCGCCUGGCCGUUGUAUCCCUUGUUCUCGGCGGGCUCGGGGGUCUCCGCGCCGCGGCCGUUAGUCAUGUCGGAUUCUGGAAGUUACGGUCAGUCUGGGGGUGAGCAGCAAAGUUAUUCUUCUUAUGGAAAUCAAGGCAACCAAGGCUAUGGACAAGCACCACAAGGCUAUUCUGGCUAUGGGCAAACGACUGAUUCCUCAUAUGGACAGAAUUAUAGUGGUUAUUCCAGUUAUGGACAAAGCCAAUCAGGUUAUUCACAGUCCUAUGGUGGUUAUGAAAAUCAAAAGCAGAGUUCGUAUGGCCAGCAAUCAUAUAAUAACCAGGGACAACAAAACACGGAAUCAUCAGGAGGCCAAGGUGGAAGAGCGCCUUCAUAUGACCAGUCAGACUAUGGUCAACAAGAUUCGUAUGACCAGCAGCCAGGCUAUGAUCAACAUCAAGGCUCGUAUGAUGAGCAGUCAAAUUAUGAUCAGCAGCAUGAUUCCUAUAAUCAAAACCAGCAGUCCUAUCAUUCACAAAGGGAAAAUUACAGCCACCACACACAAGAUGACCGUCGUGAUGUGAGUAGGUAUGGAGAAGAUAAUAGAGGAUAUGGCGGGUCACAGGGAGGAGGUAGAGGGCGUGGGGGAUAUGACAAGGAUGGAAGAGGUCCUAUGACAGGAUCAAGUGGUGGUGACCGCGGUGGCUUCAAAAAUUUUGGUGGUCACAGGGAUUAUGGACCUAGAUCCGAUGCUGAUUCAGAAUCUGAUAAUUCAGAUAACAACACAAUCUUUGUGCAAGGACUUGGGGAGGGUGUAUCUACAGAUCAAGUGGGGGAGUUCUUUAAACAAAUAGGAAUUAUCAAGACAAACAAGAAGACCGGAAAACCAAUGAUAAAUCUUUACACAGACAAGGACACAGGGAAGCCAAAAGGAGAGGCAACAGUGUCAUUUGAUGACCCUCCUUCAGCUAAGGCAGCCAUUGACUGGUUUGAUGGAAAAGAAUUCCAUGGCAACAUCAUUAAAGUGUCAUUUGCCACCAGAAGACCUGAAUUCAUGAGAGGAGGUGGAAGUGGAGGUGGGCGGCGAGGCCGUGGAGGCUAUAGAGGCCGUGGAGGCUUUCAGGGAAGAGGUGGAGACCCCAAAAGUGGGGAUUGGGUUUGCCCUAAUCCGUCAUGUGGAAAUAUGAACUUUGCUCGAAGGAAUUCCUGCAAUCAGUGCAAUGAGCCUAGACCAGAAGAUUCUCGUCCCUCAGGAGGAGAUUUCCGGGGGAGAGGCUACAGUGGAGAGAGGGGCUACAGAGGUCGUGGGGGCAGAGGUGGAGACCGAGGCGGCUACGGUGGAGAUAGAAGUGGUGGUGGCUAUGGUGGAGACAGAAGCGGCUGCGGUGGCUACGGCGGAGAUAGAAGUGGGGGUGGCUAUGGUGGAGACAGAAGUGGGGGUGGCUAUGGUGGGGACAGAGGAGGUGGCUAUGGUGGGGACAGAGGCGGCGGCUAUGGUGGAGAUCGAGGAGGCUAUGGCGGAGAUCGAGGUGGCGGCUAUGGUGGAGAUCGAGGUGGCUAUGGUGGAGAUCGAGGAGGCGGCUAUGGUGGAGAUCGAGGCGGCUAUGGUGGCGAUCGAGGCGGCUAUGGUGGCGAUCGAGGAGGCUAUGGUGGAGAUCGAGGAGGCUAUGGAGGAGAUCGAGGAGGCUAUGGAGGAGACAGAAGUCGGGGGGCCUAUGGAGGAGACCGUGGUGGUGGCAGUGGUGGCGGUGGUGGCUACGGUGGAGACCGAAGUGGAGGCUACGGAGGUGACAGGAGUGGCGGCUAUGGAGGAGACCGAGGUGGAGGCUAUGGAGGAGACCGAGGUGGCUAUGGAGGCAAAAUGGGAGGAAGAAACGACUACAGAAAUGAUCAGCGCAACCGACCAUACUGAUGACUGUUUUGAAUGUUCCUUUGUCUCUGACAUGAUCCAUAGUGAAAUUGCCAGAGUUUUGCCUGCUGCUUUCCUCGUGGCCUCUUCUUGGGU